CAAACUUCUGGUAACUUUCGUUUUUUCCCAAUGUCACUCCCAAACGUCAGUCAUAUCCCUCCGCGUUUUGUCAACAUUUAUUGUGAUCGCCCGUGACUGAUAAAUAAUCAGUUCACCUGCGAUACAGAUCUCGUUCGAAGGUCAAAUCGCCAUAUUCCACCCAACAUAUCACUUUCUCGCAAUGAUUACCUCUUAUCUUGUUCCUACCGAUCCUCAUUCUCAUCAGUCGCUCACAUGAACCUCCGCAAAAAUAAUGAAAUCGAAAGUAGAUACGAAAGUGUGCGGUGUGUGCGGCGACAAAGCCCUAGGUUACAACUUCAACGCUGUAACUUGCGAGAGUUGCAAGGCAUUCUUCCGACGUAAUGCCUUGGUCCAGAAGCAGUUCAAGUGUCCCUUUAAUGACCAGUGCGAGAUAACGACUAUUACGAGGCGCUUUUGUCAAAAAUGCCGACUCGACAAGUGCUUCGCGAUCGGCAUGUGCAAAGAUCUGAUCAUGUCCGAACAGGACAAGCAUCUGAAACGGCAAAAAAUCGAGGAAAAUCGGGCCAGGAAACGCAGCAAAAUUCACGGGUUUAAGUCUGGGUUUAAAAAAGUCAAAAAGGAGAGUAUGGAAGCCGAUUCGCAGGAUUCUCAAUCAGGGUACAGUUUCGUGGAUUCAGACAAUUCCAAAGACAUGGGGUACCAGCCUAAUGGAACGCCAAAUCCGACUAACAUCGCCAGUUAUAUCGAUUUGGGAAAUGAGAGAUUGGUGACGUCCAGUGAUGACGUUUCAAUGAUCAGAAAUAUGUUAAACAACACACCUAACAAUGCCACUGGGUCAAGGAGUGUUGAUGACAGUGCCCUUAAGAGCCUCAUUAAUAAUAAUGAUGUUAAUUGUGACAAUAACGACCCCAGUUCGUCCAGUAAGAGCACUUUAGAUGUCACUAAAGAUGUCGUAGAGGACGUCCAUAGGGUGUCCAUAGAGCCAAAUUCUAUCGAGUCGAUCCUUUGUGAAGCAAUAAAAUUAGAAUUCGAGGCGUACUCUUCAAUUGCUCAGUGCCAUUCAAAUUCUCGUGAAUUAAACGAUGCUGAAAGAGCCAAACUGAAUGAGUUAAUCGUCGCCAAUAAAGCACUCUUAAAUCCUUUAGACGACGAACUAAACAAGUUUAGGUCAUUAUUGCAGGGCAAUCCUCAACAGGUCCGGGAGACCGAUCCUGCUCUAGUGGACGUUAUUAAUCUCACUGCAACCAUCAUUCGUCGAUUAAUAAAAAUGGCGAAAAAAAUUAACGCCUUUAAAAAUAUGUGUCAGGAGGAUCAAGUCGCCCUCCUCAAAGGAGGGUGCACCGAGAUUAUGAUAUUGCGAAGUGCUAUGAAUUACGAUCCUACGAAACAAACUUGGAAGAUCCCCCACAGUCAAGAAACGUUCAAUCUCAAUGUGGACAUAUUAAAGUUGGCCAAAGGUAACGUAUAUCAAGAGCACGAACGUUUCAUUAAUACAUUUGAUCCAAAAUGGAGAUCUGACGAAAAUAUCGUCCUGAUUCUGUGUGCCAUUACGUUAUUCACGCCUGAUCGACCCCGAGUGGUUCAUCAAGAUGUGAUUAAACUUGAACAGAACGCCUAUUACUACCUCCUCAGGAGAUACCUCGAGAGCAUAUAUCCCGGCUGCGAGGCAAAAUCCACAUUCCUUAAACUUAUACAAAAAAUCGCCGAACUACACAAGUUCAAUGAAGAACUGAUCAAUGUCUAUUUGGACGUAAAUCCCUCACAAGUUGAACCAUUACUCAUUGAGAUAUUCGAUUUGAAACACUGACAUGACCAGAAUGUGCAAUUACUUUAGUUAAAGAACUGAAUUUAGUUGUAAAUAAAUAGCUUUAUCGAAUUUAAGCAAUAAUUGUUAUUUAUUCUUUGUAAAUAAAGUAUUAAAGAGAUCAGACAUCAUAGAAAUGACUAGAUUUCGGUGUCUUUGAUGUAGAAUUUAGUCUUUUUUUCC